CCUGAAACUGGCAGCAGAGCAAAUGUUACUUUGGAAAUCCACACACAUUGAAUGAAAGUCAGUGAAAGGCUGUGGCCAGCUGGGUGUUUUGCAGCCACUAAGGUUAUCUUAGCUUGUAGACGGCUGGUGAGAGRGGGCCAGCGGACAUACGGGUGACAAACACGGACACAAACAGGAGGUUAAAGUCAUUUGUGGAAGGAGCGGGCUGAGGCAAUGCAGCGGGUCACGGCGCAGCUCGUCGCCGGGCUGCUGGCGGUGGUGCUGUCGCUGCUGUCCGAGCAGAGCUGGGCGGACGGCGGGGGCCCAAGCCUCGCAGAGCGGGUCAUCUGGGCUGUGAACGCCGGGGGUGAAGCACACAUGGACGUGCACGGUAUUCAGUUCAGGAAGGACCCGUUGGAAGGGAAAAUCGGCAAAGCAUCUGAUUAUGGGAUGCGUCUGCCAAUACUGCGCUCAAGUCCWGAAGACCAAAUUCUGUACCAGACAGAGCGCUACAAUGAAGACACAUUUGGAUAUGAUGUUCCCAUUCGUGAGGAAGGAGAAUACAUACUGGUCAUGAAGUACGCAGAGGUUUACUUCGCACAGUCACAGCAGAAGGUGUUUGAUGUUCGCCUAAACGGCCACGUGGUGGUGAAGGACUUGGAUAUCUUUGAUCGAGUGGGCCACAGUACUGCUCACGACGAGAUAGUACCCUUUUCUAUAAAAAAAGGCAAGCUGAGCGUUCAAGGAGAGGUGUCCACUUUCAACGGCAAGCUCACUGUAGAGUUUGUAAAGGGUUAUUAUGACAACCCUAAGGUCUGUGCGCUGUACGUUAUGAAGGGGACUUUAGAUGAUGUACCAAAGCUACAGCCUCACCCUGGUUUGGAGAAGCAAGACCCCGAUGAAGAAGAUGACGAGGACGACAGCGAAGGAGGUGAGGAAGGUGGGAAGAAAAAGGUCUCAGCAGGUUCCAAGCGGGUCCAGUCAGGCCCCCGAACACCGAACCCUUACGCAGCUGACAACAGCAGCCUCAUGUUUCCCAUCCUCGUCGCAUUUGGGGUCUUCAUCCCCACGCUGUUCUGCCUCUGCCGGCUGUGAGCUGAAACUGACUGUGGGCGAAACAUCGGGAGGAGCCAGAUGGAUGUGGGACUGCGAAGAGGAGGAGAGGGGGAGAUYGUGGGGGAGAAGGUUAAGGGGGGGCAACAGCCACACGGGUACAAGCAUACACACAGAAGAGAGCCGAAAGCUCGUGGAAAAAUCAGAACAAUGAAAAGAGACAAUAACUUAUUGGGAAAGUCACUGCCAGAUGAAGCAAAUACUGCUUUUCUAGGAGGAGGAGCUGUUGGAAGUGUGUUCUGCACACUACUUCAAAACGCGUUUCACAUCCACCUCUCCUGAUCCUUUCCGAACAACGUGGGUUAUUUCUACUUAGAGGCUGGGCGGGGUUUUCAGGUGCCAGCUUUCAUGGAUGAAGCCACAUUUCUGCAGCUAAGUGAUGCUCAGGAGUGACGGGUCUGGGUCCAUUUUCUAAACGAAAAGCAUUGUUUUUGUACUGUGUGUAGCAAGGAAGCACACUGUACGUAACACUCCUGCUCAACACCUGGUCAGACGUUUCACCUGCAGAUUGGAAAUGGUGCUGCUUAGCUUACGUAGAACAGAACCCACAGGCGAGACGGUGGCUGGAAAAAAAAACAGGUUUUCAAUUGAGACGUCUGGUCCUGUCAACACGUUUGUGUCUCCAUUCAGAUCUGUUUGGKCUGGGGUUAAAGUGCCAUCAUCUACUUGCCAUAAGAUGUUGAGAGGUAAAGGAAAUAACGCUUGAACCAGCUCAGCUGGCCUUUCUGUUGCUGUAAGUCUGCUCACCUGAACAGAAACAGGGUUUAGGUUUCACUAAUCUGCUGGUGUGUGGUAAAUGUUUUUGGCAUUGUUCCCCUCCAUACCGAUUCAAGAAAUUACUCAUUUUAAGCCCUUUUUUAUUUUUAUUUUCUUCUUCUUCAGGCAUAAAUCCAUCUUCAGUUUGAAAUGAAAUCCUUUACAGAGCAGCUGAGUUUAAUGGGAGACAGUUUUUUUAGUGAAAGGCUUAAGCACCAGUGKAGACUCUUAUUUUCUUAAAUUUUUUCAUUCAUUAUGCAUGACUGCCUUUUUGUUUCACCAAAGAAUGUCUUUAUUUUUAACAACCUGCUUUAAUUUAAGAAAGCGUUCAGUUUAUGUGGACAAAAACCACUUUAUGAAAAACCGAUGAGGUGCAUUUUCCCCCCACCAUGUUUAAGACUGAGUUAUAAAUCUUUGCUGCCUUUUCUUCUGAUCUGUUCUAACAGAGUAUUCUCCACAGGGCUGUGAGCUCCAGUCCUUUACCGUGAACUAGCACCAGUAAAGAUAAAAUGAUUCAAAUUUGUGCCAYUUUAAUUUACUUGUUUUUGCACAUGCUUUAGCUUUCUGUGUGUGUGCCACCAAUCAGUUUACCUGCAGCUUAAAGAUAAAAAAGCACAACAUUUGUCUAAGAAGUAAAAUGAAAUGUUCACCCCACGUUAUGCAUGAACAUUUAGACACUUAUCCAGGUUUUGUCUCCUGACCCUUUUUGGUCCUGUUUUCUUAAAACGGUUUAAUUUAGGUUGGAACGUUUUCUUUUUUCAGUGUGAACAUUAAAUUAAAUUAAAGUUCUGGUUUUUGACCUGGAUGAGCACACUGUGGACCCCCCCCACCCCCACCCCAACCUGUAAAGCAACUUUAGUCCCUCAGUUGUAGAGUGAACUCCUAUUUAAAGAUCUUUCUACCUCCRGAGUGCUUCACUCUUCUCCAAGGAAGACUUUGAAACUUUGCUCYUUUCCCAAACAUCACAGCGUCCCCCCACCCCUCUUAUGACUCGUUGGUUUCCCCUCUCAUCAGUAUUGUUGUUGCCAUAAACAGUCCUGGAGGGGCUCAUCUGAUGUUUCAGAUGUCAUCCUUCUGUUGUUACAACUCUGUUCGUAUUGAUUGACGGCUUCAAGAGAGUUUGUGCCAGAAAAUGUUUGGACACUUGCUUGUUUUUAACCGUGCGCUCGUUAAAGUCAGAAUAACCUUUUUUUUUCUUUCUUUCUGAGAAGUGGCAGAAAUUUUAAAGGAAUUCAGCAGCAAAGUUUGUUGUCCUAACUCUACGCAGUCGUGUGUUAAAUCACACUUUGUGGUUUUCGUUUUGAUCCGUUUCUUUUCUUUGCCGAGGGUGUUUGGAGUAGAAAAAUCUCUGAGAAAGACCUUUAGUGGCCUUUUUUUUCUGGCAAGAAGUAAUUGUAGUGCUUUUUUUUUUUUGUUAAGCAGCCACAUGAACUGGUUGUCAAACAAAUGAGAUUAAAAAUAUGGGCUCUUUCAUUUUAUUCUAUCUAAUUUAAAUCAGAUUGGGGCUGGCCUGGAGAUGUUUUAUAUUAUGCUUGGAUUUGUUUUGAGUUCCUCAGGAUCUGUUCUUUGAGUUUUUUGAAACAUAUUUUAUUGGUGUGACAUUUUGCACUGCCUUGUGUACUUUCAGAUAUUUUUUGUUUGUUCUUUUUCUUUGUUGUCUUGAAUUAUUGAAUACGUUGUGCUUUACCAUGAUUUGCCUUGAGAAUGCUGUUUUGUUGGCCUUCUGUUUUUAUGAUUUUCAGGGCUGGAUUGCUCAUUCCACAUAAAAAAGGCUCUUAUUCUGAGCAGGAGCUUCAAAUGAUCUCAACUGUCUUUGACCUCAACUUUACCAGGAGCAAAGCCAAAAUGAUAACAGUAAUAAUAAUAAAAAUAAAAAUCCAUCCUUUCUUCAGGCCUGUUACUGUCUGACCAUCUCACAGGUGAAUGAGCUGAACAGUAAUUUAAAUACAUUUUUCUAAAAACACACAAGAACCAAAGAAUUGCCGACUUUUCAUUGAAAUUCUUAGUGAGCAACGUGACUUCAGAUGAGUGUUYAACUCUUUCCUCCUGAUAACCCAGGAAGUAAAACCAUCGUUUCAACGUCAGGAUUUGUUGGAGACAGUGGAACUGCUCAGUAAUAACUAUAAAUUUAUCGAAGGCAUGUUUUUGUUUUGUUUCGACCACAAGGUAAUUUGAUAAAGGCGAUGUGUUCAGAGUAACAGGUAUUCAAAGAGCGACACAUCAGCCAUGUGWUCAGCAGAGCACAUCCAGCCAGCUGUCCGUCACAUGCUCUGUCUGAGUGCGYUUAAAAAGAUGAAUAAAAAACAUCCCAUCAUCCUGUAGAUGUGUUUGUCGGAUACGUUUCUGCUCCUGCGAGGGUCCGAGGCGGCAGCAGCAGCACCAGGGGGGACUGAGAAAUAUUUGCGAGAUUCUUGAUCUUCUGACUCAGAUGUGACAUAUUUCUGCAAAAAUGGAAAAUGCUGAUUAAUGCUGUCUCUUUUUAAUAAAUGUGCUAUUUUAUCAGAA